UCCUGCCAAGAUGAAGCUGCUGUUGCUGUGUCUAGGGCUGACUCUAGUCUGUGCCCAUGAGGAAGAAAACGUUGUGAGAAGCAACAUCGAUGUUUCAAAGAUUUCAGGAGAGUGGUAUUCCAUUCUCUUGGCCUCAGAUGUUAAGGAAAAGAUAGAAGAAAAUGGUAGCAUGAGGGUUUUUGUCGAACACAUCAAAGCCCUGGACAACUCUUCUCUGGCCUUUGUAUUGCAUACAAAAGAGAACGGAAAGUGUACUGAAAUAUUUCUGGUUGCUGACAAAACAAAGGAUGGUGUAUAUAGUGUUGUGUAUGAUGGAUACAAUGUAUUUAGCAUAGUUGAAACGGUCUAUGAUGAGUAUCUCCUGUUACAUCUUCUGAAUUUUGACAAGAAGAGACCAUUCCAACUGGUAGAGUUCUAUGCCCGAGAACCAGAUGUGAGUCAAAAACUCAAGGAAAAGUUUGUGAAAUACUGCCAAGAACAUGGGAUUGUUAAAGAAAACAUACUUGACCUGACUGAAGUUGAUCGCUGUUUACAGGCCCGAGGAAGUGAAGCGGCCCAGGACUCCAGUGUUGAGUGAAUGCUUCCUUACCUGGGCUCCAGGAUCUUCCCUUCUGUGGUCCCCACACCAUCUAGUGACAAGUGCUGUGACCUGAUUUCCAUCAUAAUCACAUAGGAAAGCAUUAUCUCUGCAUCUUCAGAAUCUUCCUUAAUUGUCUAGGAAAACAUCAACCAACCAAGAUUUCAAGAUUUUCUCCAAAAUUUCCAGCUGUCUUUCCCAUGCCCAGGAGAACUCUGUCAUGAAUAAGAACUUCCUAUGCCUGGUCAAUAAAUGAUUAGCCUUG